UUCAACUGUGUGAAGGUGUUUUUCGGGGGUUUUUCAGGCUAUUUUGAAGCUCGUUUUUCCCAGAUGUGCUUUUUUCUUUUUUUCUUCUUUUUUUUUUUUUUUUUUAAUUGGUUUAAAAUUUUUUUUCUUCUUCUGUAACUUUACUUCUUUGCCCUAAAAUUUCCGGCCACGUGACUUUCAACUUACAUCCCUGAGGUUCUGAGAAACCACAGGAGGCUGAGACCUAAAGGGAAGGUGCAGAGGCUCUGAGAGGAGAGGCAGCGAAAGUGUCAGAGUGCUGGGCAGGAGGACAGAGAGCUGCUGGGACGGGUGAGAGUAGGAAGCCAAGGGCCACAUCAGAGGUGACAGAGGAGGACAGAGGAGAGGCAGAGAACCAAGACAGAACGCAGGCACACCAAAAGCACAAAGGAAGCUGAAGAGACCCUGGGAGCCAGAAACAGCAGCAGCCAUGCCCCACAGCUCUGACAGCAGCGAUUCCAGCAGCUUCAGCCAGUCUCCCCCUCCCAGCAAGCAGGAUUCUUCUGAUGAUAUGAGGAAAGUCCAAAGGAGGGAGAAGAAUCGAAUUGCUGCCCAGAAGAGCCGCCUGAGGCAGACCCAGAAAGCAGACACACUGCACUUGGAGAGUGAAGACUUAGAGAGACAGAAUGCUGCCCUGCGCCGGGAGAUCAAGCAGCUGACAGAGGAAAUGAAGCACUUCACCUCGAUGCUGAGCUCCCAUGAACCGCUCUGCUCCAUCCUGACAUCCCCUCCACCGCCUCCAGAAGUGCUUUAUGCCACACACUCUUUUCACCAGCCCCACAUUAGCUCCCCACGUUUCCAGCACUGAGCCAGCCAGCAGGACAGCGGCCUGCCAGCUCCACUGAUGGCAAGAAGUAACUUUGUGGGGCUUGCUUUCCCAUCCAAGGGAAGGAAUUGGACAGACGGACAUUCCUUCUUAAAGUAUGUAUUCUGAGUGAUUUGCCUAAGACUUGCUCCCUCUGCAGAAAUGGCAGAACCACCACGAGGCAUCUUUGGACAGUUUCCAGCUUAGAUUCUGGGAGGAAGAGGCAGUCACAAAAGGGCACCAUCCCCCUUCUCUGGUCCUUGUUUGGGGAGACUCACAGGAGUGUGCGGCACCGGCAGCCUCCAUAAGAGCAGCUGGCUGUGGCACGCAACAGCCAGACCUCCAGGAAGAGGAAAGGGAGCAGGGGUGGGGGGGAAGGUUAGGGGCCACAGAGUGUCAGGGCAAAACUGGUUUAUUUUUGUAAAAUAAAGAUUGAAAAUGCUUAA